AUGCCACCUGGUUAAUUGUAAGCUAAUAUCUGAUAUUUUAUAGGCAGAAGAACAAAUAAUAAUAAAAAAAUGUGUUGACUCCUUAAAAAUUGGAAUUGUUACAGGAGAAUCGUAAAUUACUUAGUCACAUAUUCAAUAUCGGAAAUUUGCAUGGGCAACACAAUCUCCACAGAGCUAUGCUUAGGUAUUUUUUUCUUUAAUAAUUCUAAUAGAAUGAGAGCGGCGAUGAUCGAGAAAAAAAUAGAUGUCUCUAAGAUAUCCAAAAAAAUUAAAGGAAAGAUUGUGUCUUAGCUAUUGAGAUAUGAAAGUCAUACCUCUCUCCAUGAGGCAUUUUUGAGGUAUAAUGAUAAAUUAUCAGUAAGAUGGAAAAUACGAGCAGAUCCUGAAAUCGUUAAGAAAGCUGUUGAUUAAAUUCUUCUCAACUCUAGAUUAAAUGAAUUCAAUGCCUUUCACAAGUUGAAAAAUCUCUUAGGGUAUAAAAUUUAUAUUGAAUUUUAGUUAAAAAGAUCUUCAAAAAAAAAUGAAUGCUAAAAAAAGAAAAAAUAUGUGUUUAAUGAAUUUGGCACUUUUUCUAUAAAAGAAAGACUUUUAAUUAAAAACUGCAGCAGUAGCUGCUUUGAAACCAAAAAAUUAAGAUUCUGACAAAAUGUUGGGUUUGCUUUUAUGGAGCAUCAGUUCUAAACAUAGAGAGAGAUAUUUAAGAGAGAAAUUCAAUUGGUGGAGACUUUAUUCAAAGGUAAAAUCAGAUAAAUUGUAAAAAUAAUUGAAAGCUCUUGAAAGAUUAGGUGAUGAAUACAAUAUGAGAAAUGAUAGACUAGAUAGAUAAAGAUUGAAAGAGGUAUGAAAUAUUUUAGAUUAUAAUUAGGCUUUUGAAAAAUGGAGAGGUGAUUUAAUGAAUUUUAGACUCAAAAAAAAGUUUUUCUCUGUACUGUUAAAAACUACAUUUGGUAGAUUAUAGAGAUGCUAUACAAGAUGGGUUGAUUUGCCUGAUAAAAGAGAAAAUGACAUGAAAAAGUAAGGCAUGUUAUUGAUAACUAAAUUAACAAAUAAAGCAGAUUAGAAUAAACGAUUAGUUUGGAAUUCCUUUAAGGCUAUUGAUGAUGAUGCUAAAAAUAAGAAGACAAAAGUCAUUAGAGAAUUAAUUGAAGUUACUUUUAAUCAAUCAUAUACAGCCUUCUAUAAAUGGGCAAAUUAUAACACCUAUGCCAAAUUAACUGAAACAAACUUAAGAAAAAUUAAAGCCCUAUAAGCUAGUGCUAAUGUAACUUAAUAAUUAGUAAAAUUUGAAACUUUUAAAUUAUUUGGAUUGAGUAAAAAGGCUGAAAUAUGUUAAUUUCUAAAUAAGUUGAUCUUAAAAAUUCAAUAAAGAUAAAAAAUGGAUGCUCUGAGAUAAAUUGAAAACGUAUCUAUGUAAAAAAAAAUGUAAGAGAAAUUAGAUAACAUCAACAAACAAGAAAUUAUCUCUAGAUUAGGGGAUACAGCAAAUAAAACAGAAAAAGGUUUGUUAAGAUAAGUGUUAAGAAAAUUUGCAAUAAUGAGAGAAUAAUAGGAAAUUAAAAAUAAAUACUUUGGUAGAAUUAUUUUAACCACAAGUGGAAUGGCUAUGGAUGCUUUUCGUAGGUGGAAAUAGUUGCCUGAUCCAUCUGAUUAAUAAAUGCUACAAAAUGUUUCAAAAUUCUAGUUAAGACUCCAAUUUCUCUUUAAACAAAGAGUAAAACAAUCAUUUGAUCCUUUAAAAGAAGUUUAUUAUUAAGGUAUCUAAUCUAAAAGACUAUGUAUUAAAUAAAUGUUAGUCAAAUAAUUAAGUGCUCCAUAAAGAUUUCUACGUCAAUGGUAAUCUAUGAAUAAAAUUUAUAAAUCUGUAAUAGCUUGUUAAAAAACCAAUAACUUUUUUGAUUCAUUAUAGGAUGUGCUAAAAAGUAAUAUUAAAUCCUUUUUAUACACAAGAAAAGACGCAGAAGCUAAGGAAAGAUGCUUGGUUAAAUUAAUGUCUUCAUUUACUAAUAAUUUGAUGAUAGCAUUCUUAAAAUGGAAAAAUUAUAAUAAAUAAUAAAAAAUAUCAGAACAAUUGGGAGAUGAGAAAAAAAAGUUUAUGUUAAUCAAUCUGUAGAGAUUCAUAAAAAAUGAUAACUUAAAUAGAUUAAGAAGAAUUCUAAGACUCUUUUAUAAUGAAUAACAAGUAAAUUAGAUGAUAAAGAAAAUUCAUUUAAGAGUUCUUCAAACUUAAAUAGGAUAAGUAGAAUCAUCAUUUUUAAAAUGGAAAUCCUUACCUGGAGAUGAUGCAUUGAAAAAUUAAGCUAAAGUAAGUAAAUUUGCUAUUUCACUUGGUAAAAUUGCUUAUAGAUUCGUAAAAUUGAAUUCUUGGGAUUAAUUAGAAAAUAACUUAUUAGAUGGAUAAGCUAAAAAGAAAUUUUGCAUCAAUAAAAUGAUUGCAAUUACUCAAAGUGAUUUGAAAAAAGCAUUUUUAUUAUGGCAUCGAAAAGCUUGGGAAAUGAAAAUGUUUGAUAAGUUUUCAUAACUAAAUGUUACCCUAAAUGAUUAAAUUGUCAAGUAAAAAUUAAUUGGAUGGAUAAAUGCAGGAUCAAAAGUUAAAUUUUUUGCUCUAACAGAAGUUUUGAGAAGAUUUAAUUAAAAUGCAAUCGAAAAUAAUCUCAAAAGAAAAGCUCUUGCUAUAAUAAGCAGAAAUACAAUUUCUUAGGUUUGGCUAUCAUUCAAUAGAUGGAAGUAAUUGCCUGAAGAUAAUAAUGAUAUUAGGGCUAAAGUAAGCAUUUUUGAAAAAUCUAUGAGUAAAUUUGUAAUUCAUAUUUGGAAGAAACACACUUGGAAUCCUUUAUAAGAAGUUUAUGAUGACGGUUUGGCAAUUAAAAAAAGAGCAGUAUUGUUAAUGAUAAAGACUUAAGAAUCAGAAUAAUAAAGAACCCUCGAUUAAUGGAAUAAAAAUGUUUCAUUAAUUAAAGAAGUAGAGAGAUGCAAAGUUGUUAUAAGCUUAUUUGGAUUUUUAGGAUCACAUAUCAAGAAUAAUAUCGCUCCAUUAAAGCCAGAUGAAGAAUCAUAAAAGAAAGAAAAGGCAUUGCUUAGACUUAUCGGAAACUUUGAUAGUAAUUUACGAUAUUUCUUCAUGAAAUGGUAUAAUGAUGGAAAAUUAGAAANGUUUGGAUUUAUAGGCUCACAUAUCAAGAAUAAUAUCGCUCCAUUAAAGCCAGAUGAAGAAUCAUAAAAGAAAGAAAAGGCAUUGCUUAGACUUAUCGGAAACUUUGAUAGUAAUUUACGAUAUUUCUUCAUGAAAUGGUAUAAUGAUGGAAAAUUAGAAAAAUUAUAAGGAGCAAUGACUGAUGAGAAAAAGAAAUUGCUAUUGGAAGCCAUUAAUAAUUUCUCUAAGAAUAAUGACUAUGCAAGAUUGAGAGCCAUUCUCGCUAAAUUCAGAAGAAAUUCAAGCAUUACUGCAGUUCAAGACAGAUUCUUUGCUAAAUUGUUUGCAACUUAAUUCGGAGGUGCUAUUAUGGCAUUCUAAAAAUGGAAAAACUUACCUGAACCAGUCAAUACUGAAUAAUUAAAGAAUGCAAGAAAAUUUGAAAGAACAUUAGACAUACUUUUCCACACUCACUUAAAAGUCUCAUUUGAUCCAUUGAAAGAAGAUUAUAUGGAUGCUUUAAACAUUAAAAGAAUGUGUUUAAGAAAAUUAUUUGAAAAGAGUAUGAGUGCUCAUAAAAGAUUAUUUUUACUUUGGGCUCAAUAAAAUAGAUAAGCUAAAUAAAUUGAAGUUUGUAGAUUGACUACAGCAUUAUUUGUGGGAUUAGCUUAAAUCGUAACUGCUAACGUUCAACCAAUAAUGUAAAAUCCACGUGAAGCCUAAGCCAAAGAAAAAGCUUUACAUCUAAUAUUCUAAGGUUAAGCAGAAAAUUUAAGUAGAGCAUUCUUUUUGUGGAGAAAUAGAGCCUAAUAAGAAAGAAUGAAUUAAAACUUUGAAGAUGCUUUAACAGUUGAGAAGAAAAAAUAAUUGACUGAAUAAUUAGUCUAAUUUGAAAAUGGAAAUAAAUUUGCAUUAUAUAGAUAAAUUUUAGCUAAAUUCUCUUUAGCCCAUAAAAAGGAAAAAUUGAUUCUUUAAAUUAAUGCAAGAAUGUUAAGAACCCAAAUUGGAGCUGUUUGGGAUACAUUUAAUAAAUGGAAAAAUAUUCCAGAAGCUAAUGCUGAUGAAUUAAUUAAAGCAAGUAAGUUUGAAGCCUAAUUAAAUAAAUUUGCCCUUCAUAUUUGGAGAAAAAGAACUUGGAAUCCACUUUAAGAAGUUUAUGAUGAUGCACAAGCUUUAAAAAAGAGAGCAAUCAUAUUGAUGAUUAAGACAUAAGAAUCUGAAUAGUAAAGAGUUUUGGAUUAAUGGAAUAAGAAUGUUGGCUUAAUUAAAGAAGUAGAAAGAUGCAAAUGUGUCAUUGGUUUGUUUGGAUUUAUAGGCUCACAUAUCAAGAAUAAUAUCGCUCCAUUAAAGCCAGAUGAAGAAUCAUAAAAGAAAGAAAAGGCAUUGCUUAGACUUAUCGGAAACUUUGAUAGUAAUUUACGAUAUUUCUUCAUGAAAUGGUAUAAUGAUGGAAAAUUAGAAAAAUUAUAAGGAGCAAUGACUGAUGAGAAAAAGAAAUUGCUAUUGGAAGCCAUUAAUAAUUUCUCUAAGAAUAAUGACUAUGCAAGAUUGAGAGCCAUUCUCGCUAAAUUCAGAAGAAAUUCAAGCAUUACUGCAGUUCAAGACAGAUUCUUUGCUAAAUUGUUUGCAACUUAAUUCGGAGGUGCUAUUAAGGCAUUCUAAAAAUGGAAAAACUUACCUGAACCAGUCAAUACUGAAUAAAUGAAGAAUGCAAGAAAAUUUGAAAGAACAUUAGAUUUACUUUUUAGAGGCCGAGUAAAAGCAUCAUUUGAACCAUUAAAGGAUGUUUACUAAGAAGGGAAUAGCAAAAAGUUAUUUUGUUUAAGAAAAUUAAUGACUCUUGCUAUGGGUUAAAACAAACGAUUAUUCUUAUAUUGGAGAGAUAUAAAUAGAUUACAUAAGUCAAUAGAAACAUGCAAACAUACCACAAAUUUAUUCUAGACACUUGCCUUCACAUUGGCAGGGCAUAUAUAGACAAUAUUUAAACCAAAUAAAUAAUAAGAAAGUGUUUUGAAUAAAAUGUUAAUGAACUAUAAUAAUGCUUUAAGAUGGGCCUUUGUUCAUUGGAAUAAUUCAGCUAAAUAAGCUAAAAUUUAAACUAAACUUGAUGAUGAAAAGAAAAGAUUGUUGUUAUUUGCCCUCCAUAGAAAUUUAAGAACAAAUGAUUAAGGCAAAUUGCGAGACAUUUUGAGAAAGUUUUCAAAGGAAAGAUAGAAGCAAGCUUUAAUAAAGAAAUUACAAAUAUAAUUAUUGCACACAUUUGUAGGGUAGAUAGAAGUUUCCUUCUAAAAAUGGAAAGCUCUACCAGAAACUAAGGAAUUAGAGCAAAUGAAGGCAAGCAUAUUUGAAAAAUCACUUAAUAGAUUCAAAGUUCAUAUGGUUAGAAAGACAGCAUAUCAUUAAUUAUAUAAUAUUUAUUUAGAUGGCUAAGCAAAAUAAAAAUAUGCUAUAAAUAAAAUGUUGUAUAAUUGUAUGAGUGCUUAAAAGAAAGCAUUCUUGAAAUGGUAUAAAAUUGUUGAAUUCAGCAGAGCAGCAGAAGCAUUCGAUAUUUCAGAUAAGAAGAAACUUGCAAUCUAAUUAUUCUACUAACACAAAAUGAACUAAUUAAAUGUAGCUUUUGUAGAAUGGAAACGUUUAUCAUCAAAUUUAACGAAUAGAAAAGAAACCGCUCAAGAAAGAGAGAUUAGAUUAAAGAGAGAGGCAAUUCUUUUAUUCCAAAACUUUGCUUAAAUAAAAUUAAGAAUAUAUUUCUAGAGAUGGAACAUUAGAGCUGUUAAGAAGAAUAUGAUUUCAGUAUUUAAUGCAAUUUAAAAAUUACUUUUAUUCAAUAUGAAACAAGAUAGAGAAUUAAUGAAAGAAGCAUUAGAUAUUUGGAGAGGACCAAAACUUUAAAAUCAAUGGUUCUAGAGAGUAGCCGAAAUGAUAGCAAAGAACACAAGAAUUACUCCAUAAAUAGCCUUUUGGAGAAUGAGAGAUAAUGCAACCACAUAAAAAGCUGUCAGUUUAAAUACUUUGUAAAUAGUAAAAUGCAAGAAGUUGAUAAAUAAUUUGUUAAAGGCAUACGAUAGAGUGAGAUAAAGAGCAUUUACGAAUAUAGAACACUUUGGAAGAGGAAUAACUGAUGCAAGUUCAUUUUAACCAUCACAUUCAAGUUUCUUAUAAUAGACCCCUGUUCGAGAUUCCUAGUAGAAAUCCUAAAUGGAAUCAAUUAUAUUAAAACAUAGUUAAUAGGUAGCUCUUAGUACUUUGUAAAGAGUUUUCCGUAGACAUUUGAAAUUUAGAUUUACUGAAUUAGUUUUAAUUGCAUCACAAUGUUAGAAAUUAGGCGAAUAAAUGUUGAAGAGUUCAAUUUAACCAACUCAGUACAAAUUUAUUCAUAAAAAAAUGGCAGCUGAAAAAUUAAUUGGUGUAAUGGAGAGAAAUCUUUAAUUAAAAGAAUUAAUAUUUUUCAAUUCAAUAGCUAAUGUAAUUAUUUUAUAUUUUUUAGUAAUCCGAUCCAGAUUUGCUAAAAAGAAUGAACGAAUUAAUUGAAGAAAAUAGUAGAUUAAGAGACUAAGCAACUAAUGAUGAGACAAUUAAUUCUAAAGAUUAAUAAAUCUCGGAAUAGCAAAGAUUAAUUCAAGAUUUAAACACCAGACUUGAUAGAAUGAGAGGUUAAAGGUAUUUAAAUCAUAAUAUAUUAAUAGAAUAAUGAAAUCUUUAGAAGAAUAUUAAGAUCAUUUAGUUGAAGAUGGUUUCUUUGCUAUAUAAGAGCAUCAAAAAGAAUGAGU